AAUCCUUGGGUGUAUUAGUGGAAUUUUCUUUUGGUAGGAGUGUGUUACUGGAUUGACCAGACGAAAAUAAGGAGCCAUCGAGCUGUCUGAAGUUGAACUCCGAAGCCUUAUUAAAAUCACAAGAAGGUGGGGUUGUUGCAAUAUCGCAUAGUUAAUUUGGGUUUUGGCCAAUUCACUCCGCAGAGCUUGUUCUUCAUUUCUUCUCAUCAUUUAGAGGACAUUUCCACCUUUCUUCUGGUAAUUAGCGAUUGUGAUUUAAUCGUGGAGUAGCAUUGCAGUAAGAACCCAACCAGCGAUUUUCUUCAAGAGGUUUUGAGCUAAACGAAUACCUGGGCUGUGAAAAUGGAUGACAGUGCUAUUGGGAAUACAACAAUUGCCAUUCAGUGCCCGGUCUGUGGUAAACCUGAGAUGGAAUCAGAUAUUAAUUACUCACAGGACUCUGUCUUACUUAAUGGAGAGGGGAUGCGGGAACCGGGAAGUGCUAGAGAAAUUUUAACAAGAGUGGAACUUGAUUUGGUUUACUAUUCUGAGAAGUUGGUAAACCUGGAUGUGCUUGUGAUUCAUGUGGCAGCAAGGGAAAGUGACUUUGAAGCUAUAACUGUAGAGGGUGAUGAUGUGUUGGCCGACUCUGUUGAAAAGGCGAUGGAAUUCAAUCUUUUAUCGGGAGUGUUAGAUUCAGAGAUAAAGGAGCUGGAUAAUUUCAUGGAAUAUCUUGAAAGAGAAAUUGUGGAAGCCCGUCAGAAAAUAUAUUCAUGCAAGAACUUGCGAGAUGCUUUCCCAGAAAUGGAAGAGAAGUUUCAUGACUCUGAAGAAUCUUUGAAGCAGUCAAAAGACCGAAUCUCUGAGUUGAGGAUGCACUCCACCAAGUUCCAGAGGACUUUGUUAGCAUAUAGCUGGCAAGAAAAUUGGAAUGAUGGAAAGGUUGCAGAUUAUUCUGAAAGCAAUCAAUUCUCAGGCAGGAAUGCCAAAUUGAAAAUGCAGACUGCUGAACAACAAAGACAUAUUCUGAGAAUGCUGGAGAAAUCUUUGGCAAGGGAAUUAGAUCUUGAAAAGAAGCUAUCCGAAUCAAGGCAAAAUGAAGAGGAGUUGAAAUUAAAGCUACACUCUAUGGAACAUGAAGUAUUUUGCAUGGGAGAAGAAGCUGAAGAGAUUGUUUGGGAAAGAUUACUUGAAGCAGAAAAUACUGCUCAAUUACUGACGGGAAUUUCAAAAGAAGUGAUGGGUCAACUCCACAUCGUUCAGUUUAAUGUAAAUAGUUUAAUUGAACGAGAAAGUGAGAUGGAUUCUAAACUUAAGGACUCCAUGGAACGGUUGAGUGCUAAAGAAAGCGCUUUUCAUAAACUUGAAUCCAGCAGUGCAGAACUUUACAACUUCCUUCUAGAUCAGACAACCAGCUUAAAAGCCAGCCUUAAGGAAGCUGAAGAUAAAUACAUUCUUGCAAAUUCUGAGGCCUUCACUUUAAGGGAAAAGGUGAAUUCACUUGAGGAGCAACUCAAAGAAUCUGAGGUUAAGCUGCAGAAUGCAAAAGGUUCCUUGGAGGCAAGUCAGGUGGAGAAUGGUGUUUUAAAAUCUGAAAUAAAUGAAAUGGAAAAUGUAAUCAAGGAUCUGAAAAAGAAUAUGUCUGAAGCUGCAAGUAAAGCAGAGAAUGCUGAGCCCAAGAGUUUUCUGUUUGCACAGACUGACUUGGAACUUAACCAGGAGAUAAACUUUCUCGAGAAGCAGCUGAGAGAAGCUGAUACUCAACUAGAACAUGCAAAGGCAAUUUCUGAAGCAAGUCAGGAGCAGCAGAAUCUGUUGUAUUCUGCAAUAGAAGAUAUGGAAAACUUAAUUGAGGGUAUGAAAUCAAAAUUUUCAAAAACUGAAAGUAGGGCUGAGAGUGCAGAAGCAAAAUGCAUCCUUUUAUGUGAAACUAACAUGGAACUUAAUGAGGAAGUGAAUUUUCUGAGGGCUAGAAUUGAAUCCUUGGAGUCAUCUUUGCAUAAAGAUGAUAAUGCAAAAGUAGCUACUGCAAAGGACAUUAGAUUUAGGACCAAAGUAAUCACGGAUCUGGUCAUGCAACUCGCUAGGGAAAGGAAGCGUGUCCAGAAGCAGAUAUCUUCAUUAAUAAACGAGAACAAAAAUUUGGUGAUGCUAUUAAGGACUAGAGGUGUUUCUGUAACUAUGAGUAACCAAGGGAAUGAAACUAAUAAAGAACCUCCAGUUUCUGAGGAUGAUUUGAUUACCACAAGUUCUAUUAAAGUAUCCAAAGAAGAAGUUAUGGAAUCUUCUGCUACUGGUUUCCAGAGAGGUGGAGGGGAGGGUGUCAUUUGUAUCUCAUAGAGGCCUUGAUGGGAACAUCCACGUGUACCAGCAACACCGACGCAAGACCCAGCCACGUCCACAUUCACUAUGGCUGGAGGAUGAUCUCACGGAAGGAAACUAGAGGAGAAGAAGAAGGAAAGAAGGGAGGAAUUGUCCAGCCUUACCCAGCGCUGGUCGAUUCCCUCUCUCUUUCCUAUCACCCAAGAUUUUGUGGGCCCCAUUUGAUUUGUUAUUUUAGUAGUUUUAUUUCCUAGUAUCUUAUUUAUUUAGGUCUUUUGAGUUAAGUAGGAAACUAAAUAAUAUUCCUAUUGGUUUUUAGGAAACUUCUUUAUUAUGAGAUUAUGUUCCUAGAUUAGCCUUCUCUUUUUUGGUAAUUAUCUUAUUACUUAUGUAAGGCUGUUGGCCACACUUUAUUUUAAUGAAAUUAAUGAAAGAAAGCCAAAA